GGUCGCGGCGGGGAAGCGGGGGAGGAGGCCCCGCGGCGAGCUGGCUUCCUCCUGGGUACCCGCGGGGGUGAGGGGAAGCCGGAGGCCGGGAGGAAGCGGAGCAGCGCGCGGGAGGCGGCGGCGGCGGCUCCCGAGGGCCUCCGGCAGGACUGACCGGAGCUUGUUUAAUGAAAAGUGCCAAAGACUGAAGAACCAAACAUGAGGGUAGCAGGUGCUGCAAAGUUGGUGGUAGCUGUGGCAGUAUUCUUACUGACAUUUUAUGUUAUUUCUCAAGUAUUUGAAAUAAAAAUGGAUGCAAGUUUAGGAAACCUAUUUGCAAGGUCAGCAUUGGACACAGCUACGCGUUCUACAAAACCACCCAGAUAUAAAUGUGGGAUCUCAAAAGCUUGCCCUGAGAAGCAUUUUGCUUUUAAAAUGGCAAGUGGAGCAGCCAAUGUUGUGGGACCCAAAAUCUGCCUGGAAGACAACGUUUUGAUGAGUGGUGUUAAGAAUAAUGUUGGAAGAGGGAUCAAUGUGGCCUUGGUAAAUGGAAAAACAGGAGAAGUAUUAGAUACCAAAUAUUUUGACAUGUGGGGAGGAGAUGUGGCUCCAUUUAUUGAGUUUUUGAAGUCCAUACAAGAUGGAACAAUAGUCUUAAUGGGAACGUACGAUGAUGGAGCGACCAAACUCACUGACGAGGCCCGGCGGCUCAUCGCUGAACUGGGAAGCACGUCCAUUACCAAUCUUGGUUUCAGAGACAACUGGGUCUUCUGUGGUGGGAAAGGCAUCAAGACAAAAAGCCCUUUUGAACAGCACAUAAAGAACAAUAAGGACACAAAUAAAUAUGAAGGAUGGCCUGAAGUUGUAGAAAUGGAAGGAUGCAUCCCCCAAAAGCAAGACUAAUAUGGAGAAAAUUGGAGAAAGCGCACUUUCACUAUUAAAAGAGUUAUAACAGAGAAACUACAUGUAAAUAUUUUAAGAGCAUGCAGCCAUCUCGGUGUGUGCAUGAGCAUUAUCUCUCUUUUGAUAUCAGGAUUAUUUAUUGCUAACGUAAAUAGAUACCUUUGUAAAUAGUCAUUGUAAUGAGCAAAUCACUGAACCAUUUCUAAGCACAUUUCCCUAGUAAUAGCUCAAUGUUUAGACGGCUCUGGUAAUGACAUCUUCUAAUUCUGAAAGCAUACCUAAUGGAUAUCUUAACAGAUUGUGAAAAGUAUAUUGACAUAUAUACUGGAUGCUGUGAAAAUCUGUCAUGGAAUAAUAUGGAUGUUAGGGAGCAGACUUUGUUUUCUUUUAUAUAUAUUGCCUUUUGAUGAUAGUAUGUUUUAAAUUAAAAAGAUAUUUGGCUAGUUGUCUGUGUAAUGUUACUUUAUGGUCUGACUCUCCUGAUGUACCUCUUUCUUAGUCUUUCUCUUCCCUUCCCAAGAAACCUAGAAAUAAAACCUGUAUCAGAUAUGGGAAAAGCACAACAAAGUUCUUUUUUUAAUGUAUACAAUAAAGUAAAUACAGAAAUGUAGGUGGCAUACAGGACUAAAGCUGGCUCUAUUUUGUGUUAGCAGUGUUGAAAAACUUAAUUUUGUAUGAGCUAUUUACAGUGAGGUUGGAGGUGGCAACUCCACAGAACUGGGGAAGCGGGCCAGGUCCCUUCCUCAGCCUAAUUUGGUAAUUCAGGACAACCGUGUCAGUGUAUUUAGAACAAUACUGGCAUAUAUUUUCCUUAUUUGAUUGUUACGGGCAUUGACCAAGUGGUUUGGAAAGAGACAUGCUUUAAUAUCACAAUAAUUUUGAUUUGUCAACCAAGAAAUUAAUUUUGUAUGUACUUUAUCUAACUUCGUAAUAGCAAUUUUUGCCUGAGAUACAGUGACAUAUUUAGAAAAGUCUUAAUUACUGAAUGGACUGAUAAGUUUUUAAAAAUAAUUUCAUUUGAUCCAGAAUGACUUUACACCCAAUUUUACAUUAAAAUAUAGGCUAUUUAACUUUUCGUUGACUUCAGAUGCCUGAUUAAGUGACUCAAGUGAUUUUUUAGGACAUUAAAUACCAGUUGUGUAUGAAGUUUCUUAAACUGGAACAUAAACUUAAUGAUCAAACUGCCAUUCACAGUAAAAGGCAGCACUUAAAUUUUGAACCUAAGUUUUCAAUAACUUCUAUAAAAAACUAAAAGCAGUGUUUUUUAUUUUGCUGUUAACCAAGUUGGAAGCUAUUCAGCUAUUUCUUAAAUAUUAAUGAGCUUUGGGGUACUAUUUCUUCACUCAAACUGAAUGUAAUUCAUGAAUAAAUCCACCAUACACAUUUAAACAAUUUUUGUAAACUUUUCAGAUUUUUGGUGCUUAUAUGCUAAAAUUACAUUCAGCAUGUAUAUUUUGACAUUUAAAAUAAUUCCCUCAAUUCUGUAAAUUGAAAGAAUAGCUAUUCUUUAGUUCCAGGGAUUGUGAAAUAAAUAAUUGCGGUCUUUUUUUCUUUUUUUUGAUUAUGAAAAUAAAUACUCUUGGUUUUGCGCCGUGAA